ACUUUGUGAUGAGAUCUAUGAUAUAAGUGGGAUGACACCAAGGGCCUCACUUAGAGGAUACACCACAUAUCAUCUCUCCACCCUGGCAUCUUCAUCGCAGGCCCAAGUCUUCCUUGGGGGGUAGAGAAGCCAGUCUGCCUCCUGCCAUAGGAGCCAUUGCUUGGACCAGAUAUGAAGUGCUGGUGGCAGAUUUUUGUCCUGUGGGUCUUUUGGGUGCUCAUCUUGUGGUGGAUGGCCCCCUACCUGGAUUUGACACCUGAAUUAGCACUCCGGGAAAAACAGGUGUAUUUGGUAUCACAGCCUUGCAACUGCCCUUGGUUCAAACUUGGGACAUGUGGCUGCCCUUCUGGGACCCUCAACUGCUCCUUUUGCCUCCAUAAGGAAAGAAAAUGGGACUGGUUUCACACGUGCUACGAGAAGACCAUGAGAUACCUGAUGAGGACAGGAGAGUCUGUGACCUCUGACACUGUGCUCUGGUGGUUGGGCGAAGUGUGGAAGAAACUGUCAAAAAUGAUUCCCAGAUCUUUGGUGAGCCAUUUUGAGUUCUACUGUGGGACUUGUGCACUGUUGGGGAACUCUCACAUCGUGCAGGACUCCAGCCUUAGCAACAGCAUUGACCAACACCCAGUGGUCUUCAGGAUGAACCAGGCCCCUGCCCAGGGCUUUGAGAUGAAUAUGGGGAAUCGAAUCUCAGGGCACUUCAUUUGUCCCAGUAACUCCAGCAAUCAGCGUUACUGGAGGCAGCUGGUGCGUCUGUUGCUGAGGCUUUCUGAUCUGGCAUGGACUUCAGACACUCUGAAUGACGAGAUUUGGGAAGAUGGUCUGGUUCCCUGGUGGAGUGGAAAAUAGCAAAGACAAGGUCUCCCUUUUUGGAUUUGGAUCAGAAUAGUAAGGAAAGUGGUUCUAAUACUGGGAGGAGAAUAAUCAGACCACCGGCUCUAAGGAAAUAUUAUUCAUGCACAAUACAGAAGCAGAAAUGGUAGCUGCCCAUCAGCUACAGUGUGUGGAUAAGCUCCCUGUCUCCACAUGCUGCCCAUUCGAGUCUGUACAAAUCCUAGUUCUUUGGCUCUGAAUGCAUGGGAGUUUUGGGAUUGCUGAAGCAACAGAAACAGCAGCAGGACUGUGAAGACUUUUAGGGGCAAAGAGCAAGAGGAAAUUGUACAGAGAUCAGUUUGGUACUGAAUAAAAUCCUGGCCGGA